AUGACAGCCAGCAAAGCCAUUCACUUCUCUGCGGAGGAAUACCGAGUCCACGACAUUCCAACCUUGGACGAGUUGACAGAUGAAGAAUAUUCCGCCUCUUAUUACUCCGCAGCCGAGUAUUUGUGGAUGAACAAACGAGAGCGAAAGCUAUUGAAGCGUCUCAAGAUGGUAGGGGAUGUGGGGCCAGACGACGACGUACUGGGGCUAGUCUCGAAAUCACAGAAUCAAGAAAGACAUGUUUUCAUGGACUGUGCCCACAAUGCCGUCUUUUCGGAACAACAGCGUCAGAUGGACGAAGGCGAAAACAAUCCUGAUGGGAUUGCCAGUCUAUAUUCCAACGUGACGGAAGAACCUUGCCAUCGUUCGCAUUUGCGAGCCGUGAGUCUCUAUGGCGAGCUGACAAGUGUCACUGCACGCCAUGGAUCGAGACGAUGGUCCAUGGAUCCUGGAAUGGGAAGAAGGGCCUGCCCUCCCAGAGGUCCUGCGCGGCCAUCUCUUGCCGAUAAUUUUGACUUUUCCGAUACUCUUCCUUCUUGUGGACCUAAUACUGCACCAUUGACUUCUCCAAGACGGCAUAAGAAUAAAGUGGUGGCAAUGCCUCCUCAGCUGAUGCAAUCUCCAAAUCAAAAUCGCUGGUCCCAAGGCAAAGGGCUGGCUAACACCAAUGCCGGCGCUUCUCUCGGACUCCCACGGCGGAUACGAACUCCACAAUGUCAAGAACGAAAAACUCUUGGCUUUGGUCAGACUUCCAAUCCGUUGGCCACACCAGUUUUGUAA